UCGAAGAAGAAAAAGAACACAAGAUCGGAUUACAAGAUGGCGGUCUGUGGACGUUAGCAAGAAGGCCGUUAGAGUUGUUGUGUUCUCUGUGAAUUUUACUGUUUGAUAAGAGGCCUCCCGUUGAGUUGUUUCACAUCGGGGACGUAAUAUGUUUAUGAAAUAGCUACUGAUACGUUUCACUGCUAUUGUGAACUUCACUUAGACGUGCAUGUUUUAUAACAUGCGGGUGGAAACAAAGUUAACAGGUCGAGGGUAGGAAAACACCAGACGGGGUGAGGUGAUAGCUUGUUAGCAGCCUGCUAGCCUGCUAGCUCCGACUCGGUUAACCAUGUCGGACACUCGGCGGCGAGUGAAAGUAUAUACGCUAAAUGAAGACCGACAGUGGGACGAUCGGGGUACCGGACACGUUUCGUCUACGUUUGUUGAACGGCUGAAGGGAAUAUCGUUAUUAGUUCGGGCCGAAUCAGACGGAUCUCUACUAUUGGAGUCGAAGAUAAGCCCGAAUACUGCAUAUCAGAAACAACAGGACACACUCAUAGUCUGGUCGGAAGCAGAUAAUUAUGACCUUGCCCUAAGUUUCCAGGAAAAGGCGGGCUGCGACGAGAUAUGGGAGAAGAUUUGCCAGGUUCAAGGCAAGGACCCUGCCCUGGACAUCACCCAGGACCCCAUUGAUGAGUCGGAAGAGGAGCGCUUCGAGGAGAUUCCAGAAACAAGCCACCUGGUGGAGCUCCCCCCUUGUGAGCUAAGCCGACUGGAGGAGAUCGCUGACCUGGUUACCUCUGUCCUGUCUUCGCCCAUCCGGAGGGAAAAACUCGCCCUGGCUCUGAUGAGCGAAGGCUACAUCAAGAAACUCCUGGGUCUCUUCAGAGUAUGUGAGGACCUGGACAACAGGGAAGGUCUACAUCACCUCUAUGAGAUUGUCCGGGGUGUCUUGUUCCUCAACAAAGCGGCCCUCUUUGAGGUGAUGUUCUCUGAUGACUCUAUCAUGGAUGUGGUGGGGUGCCUUGAGUAUGACCCAGCGCUUGUUCAGCCUAAACGGCACCGGGAAUUCUUGACCAAGACAGCAAAGUUUAAGGAGGUGAUCCCUAUCACAGACUCGGAGCUGCGGCAGAAGAUCCACCAGACCUACCGGGUGCAGUACAUCCAGGACAUCAUCCUGCCCACGCCCUCUGUUUUUGAGGAGAACUUCCUGUCUACACUCACCUCAUUCAUCUUCUUCAACAAGGUGGAGAUUGUCAGUAUGUUGCAGGAGGACGAGAAGUUCCUAACGGAGGUCUUUGCACAGCUCACAGAUGAAGCCACAGAGGACAGUAAAAGGAGAGAGCUCGUGAACUUUGUCAAGGAAUUCUGUGCUUUUUCACAAACGUUGCAGCCACAAAACAGGGAUGCUUUCUUCAAAACUCUGGCAAAUCUAGGCAUUUUACCUGCUCUUGAAAUAGUGAUGGGAAUGGAUGACCUGCAGGUUAGGGCAGCUGCUACAGACAUUUUCUCUUACCUGGUGGAAUUCAGCCCCUCCAUGGUCAGGGAGUUUGUCAUGCAGGAACCACAGCAGACAGACGACGAUGUCCUGCUGAUAAACGUUGUGAUCAAGCAGAUGAUUUGUGACUCUGACCCAGAGUUGGGAGGGGCUGUCCAGCUCAUGGGUCUGCUCAGGACGCUCAUUGACCCUGAGAACAUGCUUGCUUCCACCAACGUAAGCAGAACCAACACACCAAGAAUGAAAACUGAGAAGACAGAAUUUCUGAGUUUCUUCUACAAGUACUGCAUGCAUGUCCUUACUGCUCCUCUGCUGGCCAACACUGCACAUGACAAAAUCUCAAAAGAUCUGCAGGAGGGAUCCGCUAAGAUCACCCCGGUCUGUCCAGACAACUUCCAGACAGCUCAGCUGCUGGCACUGAUCCUGGAGCUCCUGACCUUCUGUGUUGAACACCACACCUAUCACAUCAAGACCUACAUCAUGAACAAAGACCUGCUCAGGAGAGUGCUGGUGCUCAUGAACUCGAAACACACCUUCCUUGCUCUUUGCGCCCUGCGUUUCAUGCGCAGGAUCAUUGGUUUGAAGGACGAGUACUACAACCGCUACAUCAUCAAAGGGAACCUGUUUGAGCCCGUCAUUAAUGCCCUGCUGGACAACGGCACCCGAUACAACCUCCUCAACUCAGCCAUCAUAGAGCUCUUUGAGUUCAUUAAAGUGGAGGACGUCAAGUCUCUCAUAGCUCACAUUGUGGAUAACUUCUACAAAGCACUUGAAUCCAUUGAGUAUGUCCAGACUUUCAAGGGCCUGAAGGGCCGGUACGAGCAGGAGAAAGACCGGCAGAGUCAGAGACUCAACAGAUAUCGCAGAGAUGCACGGUCGUUGGACGAGGAUGAGGAGUUGUGGUUCAAUGACGACGAUGAUGAUGACGAAGGAGAGGCUGUGGAGAAGAGCCGAAUGGAGGACGACUUCUCUGACAGCUACGGCAAGUACAUGGAAGCCAAAAAAGUCUCUGUUACUGCAGGAGCUGCCAACGGAGCUAAUGGUGCCAACAAUAACGGGAAAGCUGCUGUAAUCCCACCUGCCUCGCCGUCCGUCACUCCAAACAACAGUUCAACUUCCUCCGUCAAAACAGUCGCUCUUCCAGCCACACCAGUAGUGAAGACCGCUCUGGUUGGUUUGGUGGAUUACCCUGAUGAUGAAGAUGAGGAAGAAGAAGAGGAGGAGGAAGAGCAGAGUCCAAGGAAGCGGCCCCGCCUGAGCUCUUAAGGCUAAUUGUCCUCUGUUUGGUCGUAGUGGACGGACUCUGAGUCCCUCCCAUCCUCCCUCCUCUGGUCGUCUCAUUGGUCCUUGGCCUGCCUGCGCCACCUGUCAGUCUCACUGAGCAGACGGGGAAAGACGAGCUCCCACCUCACCCAGUCCUUUCUGAUCUCUGCUCCUCCUUUCUCCUCCGUGGAAGGAGAUGGAGAGCUUCUCUUUUUGGAAAGAAAGACAAAUCGGUCUGUUCCUUCAGCCUGUUGAUUUUACCUCUUCCUUUUACCAACAGCCUCCUCGAGGAGAUCCCAAAACUUAUUGACGCUUUUCAAACUCAUCCCUCCUCUCUUCCAUAACUCUCCUGCUCCCCCAGUUUUGACCUCCUCCUCCUGAACAACUUUCUCCUCCUCAUCCACCAUCCUACGUACUGACCAGAGAGGCUGCGGUGGAAGUAACGGUGCCAAGGCGGUUUCCAACUCUGCUCUGUUGCUAUAGCAACAGGAGCGAGGAAGCUGCGGUACUACAGCAACCCCACAGGAACCCUCACAUGUCCUCAAUUUGAACUCUCCCUUCCAUCCUUCUCGAACCUGAACCAAUGAGCUCCAGAGACAGAGGACGCAGAACACAACCAGCCAGUGUAUGAACUGUUCAGCGGGCCAGUCAGGCUAGCAGGACUAGCCGUCAUAGUUAUAGAAAGCUUGACUGGCUGAAGCAGUGUAUGCAGCCCUGCCACAGAGCUGAUGAAUUUUGUCGGGGAUAGCAGGAUCUAGGCAACAUAGAAGAAGGAAAUGACACGUUGAGAGACGAGGGAGGUCACAAAUGACAAAAUGUACCAGGAUGAAAACUCAGCAGUAAUGAGGCUUAGAUCCAGAGGAGCACGACUCAAUCCUACAAAAGCCAUGGCGUCAGUUUGGCCAAGGCACAUACAAAACACACGACGACGUCUCACACACACACACACACACACACAGACACACAGACACACACACAGACACACACACACACACAGGACUGCGUUAGCCAGAAAUCCUGUAUUUCAUGACUUUGUUAAAAAGUACUGUACAGAUGUUUUUUUUCUUUCUUUUUAAUCAUUUUUCCCUGAUCUGAUUUUCAAAGGGGAGAGAGAUACCUACCGACCUGUGUAUUUUUGUUGUUGUUGCACAAAAGGUGGGGUCACUGUUCACCCUUUCAGUCCAGUUUAUUUGAUUCAAUGUAAAAUGCAGAGAAGUUGCAAAUGCUGGUUUUAAAAACGUAUUAAAACUGCAGUAAAGUCAUUUUUGCAGCCAAUAUUUUGAGGAUGUCUGGAGUUUUGUAUUUUAGUGGAUUUAAGAAUUUAGUGGCCUCAUUAUGAUGCACACAAAGCCCAGUUUUUUUUGUUUUAACUGGGUGAUGACCUGAGCUGUCGGUGUGCUUAGAGUAGAUUUAGUGCACACUCUUGUUUCAGGAGGUUGGAGACUUGGCACCCUUCUCUCAGACAGAUCUCAGGUUCAGAGUUCAACUUGCAUCAGACACAAAAAGCUACCCACCACGUCUGUGCACUGCAACACUGCUAGCUGGUGAAACAUCUUGCAUUUAUUACUGAAUGAAGAAUGAUUUUAGAGAGCUACAAUGGGCUUUUAUCCCGGUUUUAAUGUCCAGAAUGUGACCUAAAAACAACUCUGCAGAUCGGAAAUAAGUUGUUUUAAUACCGUUUAAUUCAAACUCCGUGAUUUGGAUGAGCUGUUUUUAUUAGUUAUGAUAAAAAUGAUUUAACCCAAGAGUUGCAGUGCAGUUUUAGAAUCAAACCGUGUUUAAGUGGAGUAUUUCUGACGAGGACACACAGAUUUGACAAGUCAAUGAGACAUUUUAUUGUCUGUUUGAAACAUUUCCCGUGUUGCAUCUUCUCUCCUGGUGUCACCACAAGCACACUGAGGCAGAGGGAGGGAAUCUAAAUUUGCUUAAAAUGCCAGAUCACACAGAAUUCAGUCUAGAACGUCUGAGCCAUGAGCAGCAGGGUAGGAGCUCAAGUAAAAUUAUUGCCAAUGUGCUUUUCAGGAGUUCAGCAGUACAUGAACCGCCAAUUGUCUUUCCUCCUGUCUGUUAGCGUCACCCAACAAUGACUGUUUUUGCUCGCCCUUGAUGAAUUUGUACCAAGUGCAUUUACUACCACUAUUCAUUCUUAACAUUUGUAUGAAUUUAUUUGAUAAGUUUUGAAAUUAAAUGUGACCCUGACAUUGAA